UUGCAUAUAUCCUCGAGAAACUCGAACAAGGUUGAGCCAAGUUUGGUUGCUUGAGAGUGGAGACUAUUACAUUGAAGGGGAGAAAAUGAUGCUAUACCAUACAAGUUGGCUAAAUAAAAGGCCAAGCAAAAGUUAUGCAUACAUAUGGCAAAGUCAUUUUCUAAAUGAAGCUGCAAGUAAUGCAUACAUUGUUUAUUUGGGAGAAAACAAGUGUGAAGAUCCAGCAGCAACCAAGAAAUCCCACCAUGAAAUGCUAUCGGCUUUUCUUGGAAGCAAAGAAGCAGCAAGGAAUUCAAUUAUUUACAGCUAUAAGCAUGGUUUUUCUGGGUUUGCUGCAAAGCUGACAAAGUCUCAGGCUGAAGAAAUUGCAGAGCUUCCUGGUGUUAUCCAGGUAAUUCCGAAUAGAAUUCACAAGCUUCAUACAACCAGAAGCUGGGAAUUCAUUGGCCUCCACCAGCAUUCUUCGAGAAAUCUUGUUACAGGAAGCAGUAUGGGUGAAGGAACUAUCAUUGGUGUGAUAGAUUCAGGCAUUUGGCCAGAAUCUGAAAGUUUCAGCGACAAAGGCAUGGGACUAGUCCCGUCUCAUUGGAAAGGAAAAUGUCAAGAGGGAGAGCAAUUCAGCUCCUCCAAUUGCAACAAAAAGAUCAUCGGGGCUCGCUGGUUCGUGAAAGGAGUUAUCAAUGAGAUCAACAAGCCUAUUAACACAAGCAAAACCGGGGAUUUUCUGUCACCAAGAGAUGGAAUUGGACAUGGCACUCAUACAGCUUCGACAGCAGCAGGCUAUUUUGUUGAGAAAGCAAACUAUAGAGGACUAGCAGCAGGUUUAGCCAGAGGAGGAGCACCUCUCGCUCACCUAGCGAUUUACAAGGCUUGCUGGGCCAUCAAAGUGGGAUUCUGCGCAGAUGCUGAUCUUCUAAAGGCAUUUGACAAAGCAAUACAAGAUGGUGUUGAUAUUAUAUCAGUAUCUAUUGGAAGUGAAAUUCCACUGUUUUCGUAUAAUGAUCAUCGUGAUUCCAUUGCGAUAGGCUCCUUCCACGCAACUCUCCGGGGGAUAACUGUUGUUACUUCAGCUGGAAAUGAUGGUCCUAUCUCCCAAACAGUUGUAAAUGCUGCACCUUGGCUCAUUACAGUAGCUGCUACAACAAUUGACCGUGCCUUCCCAACUGCAAUAACACUUGGAAAUCGCCACAUUCUCUGGGGUCAGUCUAUUCCAAUCAACAAACAAGUUCAUGGAUUCACUGGCCUAACAUACUCCGAACGAAUAGCUUUGGACUCAACUGAAUUCGAGGACUGCCAAUCCGGAGGUCUAAAUGCGACUUUAGCGGCAGGAAAAAUCAUACUUUGUUUUGCAAAAUCAGAAACACAGGGU